ACCUGCGGUUGCCACGGCAGCGAGGGACGCUCAACCGCCGGCGGCGGCCGCGGAGCCCGGGUGGGGGUGGGGGGAGGGGCUCGCGGGUCGGAGCGGGGCGAUGGAGGCGGCCGGGGACCCGUCGCCCUCCGAGUCAAGAGAAUCCCUACUUGCAAGGAGAAGAAGUUCGGAUGACUUCUGGCUCUUAAGAAGUCACUCUUCUGAGGCUGAGAAUGAGCAGGAUGUGCAGGUACCAGAACAUGAAAUCCCAUCAUCUGUGUAUGAGAAGGACCAAAAACUAAGCACUUGCAGCAGGAAAAAAUCUUCACAUGUUUGGCAGGACCCAUGGACCCCCCUGCAAAAGGCCUACUCACCUCUGGAUUCUGGAAAGAAGAAACCUACCAGAGAUUGGCUAACACAGAAGCAUGUUUCUCUUGUGAAGGCGGUAUCUAGUGAAAGCAAAGGCAUUACUGAUUCUGCCAAGACCAUCUUGGAUGAAGAAGAUUAUUUUGUGAAGGAGGUGGACAGGUACUUGAAUCACAAUGACUUCUUAAAUCUGAGGAAGAAGGAGAUCCAAUACAAGAAAUGGCUUGAGCGUGUUUCAGAGCCACUGCUGCAUAAGAUUGAAGACAAAGUUGACAGCCAGUCAAGUGAAGAAAUCGAGGAAAGGAAACGAAAUCAGCUGGCUCUCUAUUUAAACUACUGUAAUAAGAAGGGCAAUGUCGUUUUUGAAGAUUAUGAUGCUUCGGAGUAUGAUCCAUUCUUCCUGAAAACACAUACCAACUACUGGAAGGUUUCAACUCCACCUUUCAAGGAUCCCCUGUUAAAGGAGGUGCAAGGAAAGUCCCUUGAGAAAGGGAUUAUCCAGCAGUGUGAGACAGGAAGAAUAUAUUCUGCCAAGGAAAUGAAUGAACUACAUAAGGCAAAGCUGCCGCCACUUCCGUUGGGUCGGCAACGUUGGGAUGCAGUUGAGUGGCUGAAAAUAGCCCCAGGAUACAUCGACAGCGAAGUUCAUCAGAGAAAGAGGAGAAGAAUGACCAGAAACCAAAACAAAGGCACCCUGGACUUCAAGGCCUGGUCCGACACCGCCUGCCUUCCCAUCCUUUGGAAAGAGGGGAUGCAUAUCCACCAGGUGAAAACAGACUUCUGUUUGAUGCAGCAGAAAUUAAGUUCAUAUCAUCAUGGCAACUUCAAGAUGUAUGAAGAUUUGUUUGAAAUGUAUGAAGUGCACAAGCAGAGAGGGAUUUGAGCUUAGGGACCGAUUUAACACCUUGACAGCUGGAAGCACUGAGGUGUGGAGAACGUAGUUCUGGAAGACCAAUGCUAACAGCCCCUGCACUAUCAACUUCUCCUAGUAGCCCAGAAGUUAAACACAGUCUAUACUUUAAAAUAGUGAUUGGGAUCCUGCACCAUGUGUGUUUGGGAUGUAGCAAGGUCAGAAGGAGAGAGGUUAGGCAAUCACACACUUGCUCAUCUCUCACAAAGUGCUGCCAUCUUAAGAUGUGUGAAAUGUGUUUUCAGUCAGUUGAAUAGACACUGCCUUUCCACAGCACUAAGAUUCACCUUUGUUUAUUCAGGAUCAGAAAUACCAAACCACAGAAAGCUGUCAAAAGUAACCAAGGGGCUGAGUCAAACCAUCAAGGAAGCACAACAGGCUUGAUAUUCUUUUGGAUGUCAUUAGGUAUCGCAGCACCCAUGGGAUGGAGACCAGUGCGCUUCUCAUUUGGAACUGCGCACAGGGCUUCAUGUCAGCAAGACAAAUGACGGUAGCAGUAAGAUGGUUCAGAUUUAUCAAACACGUCAGAAAUAAACCCCAUCUACUCUUCCUGAUGUUGGUGCCAGGAUGAAGAUUUUGCUUGCAAGAGGUUUCCUUUCUACCUGAUCCCACUGCACAAGCAGUUCCCAGAGCAGACACAACUAACAGCUUAAUAGACUCACUUUGAAUUUAGUCCCUGUAAUUUUACUCCCCGUUAUUUCACAUUCACCUGUACAAUAAAAUAGACUUUAAAAAUCAA